CCACCAUCAAACAUAUAUGAAAAGGCAUGAUAACCAAGACAUAGAACCAGGGAAAGUUCCAUGAUAACCAAGACUCCCAACACAAUCAACACCCACUUCUAGUAGUAAUAAGCUAUAACACUGGGUGAAAUAACAGAUUCAAUAGAACAAUUAAUAAAAGGAACAAAGGCAUCUCACAGGCUAAUUCGAUGGGGGUGGUGAGAGGAAAGGAAUUGAUGGAAACAGUUGGAUUUGGUAGAGAUGGGAUUUGUAUGCUUGGCAAAGGUGGCAAUGUGGGUUUGGGAAGGCUUGGCAUUGCCGGCAGCGGCGGCAACGUGUUAGGCAGCGGCGGAAUGGCUGGAAGUGUCGAUGCUUGUGGUGAACCAGAAGUUUGGAGUAGCUGCCUAGCCGCCAGGCUAAUAUUGAUGCUUGAAAGUGAUAAAGCAAUGAUCAGAGAAAGAGCAAAACAAUGGUGA